UUAUGAAGACGCUGAAAGCCAAGUUUCGAAAAACAGAGAGCCAGGACUGGAAUAAGACGGAUGAGAAGCUGCUUCAGGCAGUGGAGCAGAACGAGCCGGAUAAAGUCUCUGCUCUCAUCGUCAAGAAGGGCCUCAACCCCUCCAAACUAGACGCAGAGGGGAAGUCUGCGUUUCACCUCUGUGCGAUCCGCGGUCGUAUAGACUGUCUGGAGGUUAUCUUAACCCAUGGAGUGGACAUUAACCUUCCAGAUGGAGCAGGCUUCAAUGCUCUUCAUCUGGCUGCUAAGAAUGGCCAGCCGGAGUGCCUUAAGAGACUACUGCAGGAGAGAAUGUCCGUGGACUCCACAGACCCCAUCGGAAGAACUGCUCUGCACCAUGCAGCCAUUAAUGGGUGCGUGUCAUGCACGGAGAUGCUGUGGGACUUCAAGGCAACGCUGGAUGCGAAGGACGGGGAGGGCUCCACUGCACUGCUCCUGGGUGCCCAGAUGAGUAAGGUGGAGCUGUGUGAGUUUCUACUGGGACGAGGAGCCGACCCCAACAUGCAGGACCAACAGGGCAGGACGGCGUUGAUGAUUGCGUGUGAGAAUGACAGCGUUGAGACGGUGGAGGUCCUGCUGAGGGGCGGGGCCGACCCCCAGCUGACCGACGUCUUUGGCCACAGCGCCGCCCACUACUCCAUCGCCACCGGCAACCAGCGCAUCACAGACCUGCUGCAGAACGGGGGUGAGAAUAGUACAGUGGAUGAGGAGGAGAGGUCUCCGCCUCCUCCACCCCCAGUUCCGGGGGGAACUCUGCCCCGCAAGAGGAAGGCCCCCCCGCCUCCCCGCUCCCCUCCGCAGCCCCAGGCCUCCUCCACCCCUAAGCCGCCCCGUGGGACCCCUAACCCCCAGCCCUCCCCUCGCUCCCCCAACGGAGGUGGACGAGAGCCCCCCCUCAACGCAUCGCCCCGGUCCCCAGGGGAGACCCCCAACCCUGCCCCUCGAUCGCCCCGAUCCAGCCAGGCCCCGGACAGCCAGGCCAACGCACAGCCCAACAUGGCUGAGGAUGAGGAGGUGUUUGAGGAGAUCCGCAGGUUGAGGCUGGAGAGGGGCCGUCUGCUGCAGAAGAUCAAAGUGCUGGAGCAGCAGCAGAACAGCGCCAUCACUGCCCUGGAAGAGUUGUCGUUGCUGCGUGGGCGUCUGGAGCAUGCAGAGUCUGAGCGUGAUAGGCUGCUGUCGGAGCUGGAGGAGAUGAGGGGCCAGUCCUGCAACCUCUUCAGCGACUCAGAAGAGUCAGAUGGCAUGCUCGACUUCCCAGGAGCAGACAAGCUGCUCUCCAGGCAGUCCAGGGGUGCUGACGGGGAGCAGGCCCAGGAAGGGGACUCCGCGGCUGGGGAGGGGGACGGAGGAGAACCUGCCAAGAGACCCAAGAGUCCAGCCAAUGUGGCCAAGCUGCAGAAACAAGUGGAGGAACUGGCGUCCCAAAACGCUGAGCUGGUGCUCAAAGUACAGAUGCUGGAGAUGUUUGAGAAGGACGACACCAACAUGCAGAGCUCCAGUCCAGACUUCGUGCCCACGGUGGUGUACGAGUCCCUCAGGAAGGAGUUCGAGGAGCUGCAGGAGAAAUAUGCACGCGCCCAGGCUUCUCAGGAGGGCUCCAGCAUAGGGUCUGAGGGAAGGCCUGAGGAGGUGAAAGAGGGAGCGGCCGCUAAGGGAGAGGAGGAGGUGUCGAGUGCAGCAGUGAAGGAGGCCGAGGAGCGCGUGAAGGCCCUGGAGGAGCAGCUGGCCUCCACACAGCAGGAGCUGCAGGAGCUACGCGAGCAAGUGGAGGUGGGUGUGUUCUCGGUGGAGCAGGCCGAGGCUGGCCGAGCGGGGGCAGGACGAAGUGCGGGCGACGGGCAGGGAGACGGAGACGCUGGCGGAACCGGAGAGGGCGACGGUGGUAAAGAGGGCAACCAAAGCUCCAAAGCGGCAGCGGCGGCAGAACAGGAGGCCCAGCAGCUGAGGGAGAGGGUGAGACAGCUGGAGGAGGAGCUGGCCCGGAGAGGAGAGACAGCAGCGACAGCGACAGCAGCAACAGCGACAGCAGCAGCGGCGGCGCCGGGGUCGGGGCCGGGCACGGAGGGAGAGAGAGAGGGCGACAGCCAGAGCAAGAAGGAGGCACGGCAGCUGCAGGAGAAGGUGGAGGAGCUGCAGAGAGCCCUGGAGCAGGAGCGGGAACGGGCAGCCAACGCAGAGAGAGCCAAGAAUGAGAAAGAGACGAAGAAAGAAGAAGAGGAGGAGGAGGACGAGAAGAAGACUGCAGGGGUGAACCAGGAAGAGAGCGAGACGGAGAGGAAACUGAGGGAACGUGUGAAGGAGCUGGAGGCAGCCCUGGCUGAGAAGGAGAAGAAACAACAGGAACAGGAGAAGAAGGAGAGAGAGAAGGACAAGGAGGACAAGGAGGAGACGCUCAAGAAGGAAGCACAGGAGCACGAGCAGCAGCAGCAGCAUCAGGCAUGGCGUCUCCUGUGCAAAUACUAG